UCUAAUGUAGUGAUGUGUACACCUAUGAAAGAGUCAAAAUUUCAUUCUCUCUUUUCCCUAUUCUCUUCAAAUUUUCACAUCAUCACAUUCAUACACUUUCAUUCCAUUAACUUUCUCACAAGAAUAAAAACAAAAACAGUUGAACUUACAUAUAUAGCCUUAGAAUCAAAUCCAACCGUUGAAUUUAACACCACUUAACCACUUUGUUAUUAUCAACCAUAAAGAAAUAGUCUUUAUCUUGUAGAAAAUUUACAUGUUCCAUUUUGUUUUGUUCUUUUUUCUCUGUUCUGUUUCAUGGCUACAACUAGUACUUCUUCAACACAGGUUUUCAAAGACAACAACAAUGGAAAUUCUGAAACUACAAGACAAGAAAUUAAGGUUGCUAUAGCUAAAGCAGUGGAGUUAAGAGCUCUUCAUGCUUCUUUAAUGCGAGGGAAUAAUAGUUCAGUAACUGCUAAAUUUCCAUCUCCUUCCCCUGUUUCACGCUCUGUUUCUCAGUUCUCUGCUCAUGAUUACCCUGUUUUCACACCUAGCUAUGGAGAUGACCCAAUUAUAGGGUACAGUCAAAACCACAUGAAAAGCCUAACAAUAUCAGAAAGUUGGGAUGAAAGAGGAUCAGAAAACAGCAUAGAAACCAUAGCACAAGAUUACAAGGAGAAACCAAUUUCAAGAAAAGGGAUACUAGUACCUUAUGGUUUUACCAACAAAGAAUCUCACAUAUGCCCUACUGAUGACACCAAAUCUGUAACUGGCUCAUGUGCAAAUCACAUCACUGUUCUUCAAACAUCGCCUACCAGUGAAAACUACAAGUAUAAGAGAAGAAACAGUUUAGAGGAUUAUUCAUCAGUUUCAUCCUGCAAUAAAUGUAAGCCUGCAAUCAUAACUAGUGAAUUGGAGAGUGCAAGGAACAGCAAGAGCUCAAAUAUUGUUGUUCCCGCCACAGAUUCCCACUCAUCGUUUCAGUCCGAAACUAAAAGCAAAGGGGUGAUUUCGUGGUUGUUUCCUCGGCUGAAGAGGAAGCAUAAGAAUGAGAAUUCUCCAAGUAGAGCGGAAUCUGAGGAUGUUUCUCAGGUUCUCAAGGACAUAGGAAUAAUGUCAAUUCAGGCAUUGAAGAAAGAGCUGAUAGAAGCGAACGAGAAUCGAGAUGUGGCUUUAGGGGAAGUUUCUGAUAUGAGAACUUCACUGGGGGAACUGAGACAGAAGAUGGAGUAUUUGGAGAGUUACUGUGAAGAGCUGAAGAAAGCUUUGAAGCAAUCCAUGCAGAUGCAGGAAAGGGAUUCUCAACUUUGUGAACAGAUUAAGCUUAGUAAUCUUCCUCAAAGAGGAAAAUCAAUUGAUGAGAGUGUUGAAAAUUCAAUGCCGGUGAAUGAGGAAGUAAUGAUAGAGGGAUUCUUGCAGAUAGUAUCAGAGUCAAGAUUAUCAGUGAAACAGUUCUGUAAGAACCUUUUAAACACCAUUGAAGAAACCGAUCAUUCUUUGACAGAAAAUUUGAACUCACUUCUUCAACCGUAUAAACUGUCUCUAAAUUCCAAGUACUCAAAAGCAGUUCUAUACCAUUUUGAAGCUUUCAUAAACCAAUCUCUCUACCAAGACUUUGAGAAUUGUGUUUUCCAAAAGAACGGCUGCUCGAAAUUCAUAGACCGACAUGAAGAUCGCCAAGCAAAAUUCUCGUCAUUUGUUGCCCUUCGAAAUUUGAGCUGGAAUGAGGUACUGAGAAAAGGAACAAAAUAUUACAGUGAAGAGUUUAGCAAGUUUUGUGAUCAGAAAAUGAGUUGUAUUACCACUACUCUAAAUUGGACAAGACCUUGGCCUGAGCAGCUUCUUCAAGCUUUCUUUGUCGCAGCAAAAUGCAUGUGGUUGCUACAUUUGCUUGCCUUUUCUUUCAACCCACCAUUGGGAGUUUUAAGGGUCGAAGAGAAUAGAAUCUUUGAUCAUCGCUACAUGGAAGAUAUGUCUCCAAGGUCACAGGGUCCAAGCAAAGUUAAGAUCAUGGUUAAUCCAGGGUUUUAUGUUAAGGAUAGGGUUUUGAGGUGUAAGGUUCUUUGUAGGUACAAAUCUACAGCUUAAAUAAAACUAGGAAAUUUGUUUAUUUCACUGUAAGAAGCAAAAAGUAUGUGACAAUGAAUAUUCGUUCAAAUUGGUUUAAUCUA